AUGCCAAGUGAUAGCUCCGAUAAAAAUAUAUUAAACCAGCUCCAAAAUAAUUUCUUUAACGUUCAAGAAAAGUACAAGGUGCUUGUUGAAUAUGACAGUAGCAAUGACAGAGUGAAAUGGAACGGCAACUUUGAGAAUUUGAAAACUUUUGUGGCCGAUUUGUUUGGCGAACAAAGCAAGUGGAUUUCUCCUGGCGGGCGAGCAAAAUCCUUUCGUAGUAGCCAAGUCUCAAUUACCUGGUACCCUCUCAAAAAGUCACUUGUGUUUCAAGGACAAGCUGGUAUUAAAUUGAAAGAUUUGAUUAUCGGUUUGGCUGGCUCAAAUAUGGCGAAAGACUGCGGAAAUAUUACUCUGAGUAGCGUUAUAGAUCAAGGAAAUUUUGACCAGCUAGCAGGAAACGUUACUAACAUUGAGUUGUCCGUCAAACAGAUUGGUGUUGCAAUGAAGAAACUCGAUAAAGAUUUCCAGCUGAUGGCAAACUAUAUAAAAGAUCGCGACAAGAACCUUAGAGACACGACUCGUGAUAUUGGUGUUCAAACAGACUUUAACUUGGUAAGUGAAAUGAGUGCCCAAAGCCAAACGGUUUGUUCUGUCUCGCAUAGCGAACUCUCAACAGAAUCAGAGGGAGCCAAGCUAGACAUUGUUUUGAUGGAGUCUAAAAUUGUUUGUGGUCUUCUAACAAAUACCCCAAAAAUGGAACAAAUUCGUGUUGAAUUAGUUGAUCAAAACAAGGCUUUAAGCAGCAAGGUAGAAGCUUUAGAACUAGACUUAAAAACCUGUAAAUUAACCUACACGAAUUGGAACAAAGGAACACAAUUAAUUACUCGAAUCAACAAUGUGGCUCAAUUACACCUAUGGGAGAUCGGUCGAUUAAUUCCCAAAUUGCGCCUAAGGCCCGGUUUAGACGCCGUGCUUUUCAUGAGCCGAACUUAAUUCAUAUUUUACUCGAGUAAAAUAGGCGUACUUCCAAUUUUGAUUUAGACAGGCGUGCUUUUCAUGAGCCGUACUUAAUAAUUUGCGCUGCUUCACUUCGAAACCUGGGGCGAGUGACAAUUCAUAAUAAGAAAAAAGGGUUUAUCACAUACAAUCUUGGCAUUUCUGAGCGUCUACAGGUUUGUGGUUAUUAAAAAUUUCAAUUGCUUUUUGAAAAGCCUUAUUAUUACCGAAAUCAGUAGAGUGUCUUUUCCGGAAGUUGAAAAGACAGUCAGAAGCCAGUAGAAACGUUCAUGUUUUAUGACGUCACGGUGAAGGAAUGCAGCGUGGAACUUGUAAGUUAUUGCAUAGGAACUUGUAAGUUAUUGAGCUGUGAACUAGUGAUGGGCGAUACCAGGAUUUUUAAUUCGAUACCGAUACCGAUACUUUUAAGAUCGGUAUCGGCCGAUACCGAUACCUAUUUCGAUACCAAAAUAAACACAAAAUUUCAAUUUUCGAUACCGGAAGUGAGUACUUAAAUUGCCAGUAUCGGCUACUUUCGAUACUUGCCGGUCAGUGGAAAAACAUUUUACUUCACUGUAUGUAACCUAAAUAAAACUAUAAGUAAACCAAAAGCCCGAAACGUAAUAAAUAUACUCUAUACUUGACUUGGCGCACCAUAUUCGGAAUAUUAACAGUUAUUUUAGUUGUUCAUUAAGUCUUAUUCAAACAAGAAGUAAAAUUAAACAUGUCGUUUAAAAAAGAGUGCAAGUAUCGAACGAUACCACGUCAGUAAUCGAUACCGAUACCGCUGUUUGUGGUAUCGCUGGUAUCGAAUACCGAGUACUCGGUAUCGCCCAUCACUACUGUGAACACGCUAUAAGUUGUUUGUAUCAGGAAGCGAAAAUGAGUUUAAUUCUAAAAGUUUUUUAUGGGAAAGAGAAAUGCCACAACGUUUACCUAGAUCACUUGCAAGUUUAUAAUUUUAAAAGUCUUAAGAACUUGUAAGUUAUUUUACUUAUUAGUAACUCUCUGUAGUAACUUUGCAUUUCUUCUCCCAGUGCCUUCCCACGAAUAAAGGUUCUCCCUAGUGUGAGGCAGUUUCUAUAAAAAACCGAAAACCGACCAAAAAAAACGAAAAAACCGAGUGAACAGGUUUUUUUAAAAAAUAUGUUCGAAAAUCGGUUUAAAAAAGACAACAACACACGCUAUUGAAUAUUUUAGACCUGUCUUCGCAGACGACCGCCUUUAUUACUAGCGAAUCAAAAUUCACCAUCGCUUGAUCCGCUUAUCCGUUCAAGACUUCAAGCUCGCGCGAAAUUGUGA